CGACGCAAACCAAUAUUUGAUAAAGACCGGUGCCUUUAUUAAUGAUAUCAAGAUCUCUAAAAAAGGAUGGAUUCUACCAGGUCAACGUUCUCAAUUCUUUGAUAUCACACCUGUAAACUAUACGCUUCAAUUACAAGCUAUGACAGCUGAAAAACUUGAAUUCAAUUUACCUGCUGUAUUCACCAUUGGACCAAAGGAUGACGCAGUAUCUUUAGAAAAAUAUGCUAAAUUAUUAUCAUCAAAAGAUAAAAAUUCAGAACAUGUUAAGGACUUGGUUAGAGGUAUUAUUGAAGGUGAAACUAGAGCUAUUGCUGCAGCUAUGACUAUGGAAGAAAUUUUUCAGGAGAGAAAAGGUUUUAAAGAUAAAGUUAUUAAGAACGUUCAGGCUGAGUUGGAACAGCAACUUGUAAGGAUUUUUCUACAAAUACCUAGAUUAGAUGAGUGGGAUUUUUUUUUAUCUGCAUUUUUUUGGAAGUUGAGUGCAUAUUUUGGAAGUGAAUGCCCUUAA